ACAUGCCAUAUAAAUAACUAAAAAAGCCUUCCUGAACGUCAGUGUACGUCCCUUUGCUUGUGCUAAAACCGCGAACAGUGAAAGCGUUCGCCAAAGAUUUUCACUACUUCACUCAGGGAAGCAAACCUGGCAGUUACUCGGAGAAACUUGCUUAGUGUUGUGGUCGAACUGCACAUUCUCUCCUGGCGAAGAGACUUUACUUUUGACAAAAUAUUGUUAUCCCAGUCAGUUUCAUCUUUUUUUAAAGCCUGUCUGAUCCCCAAGUAGUCCCCAACCUGUGGACCGCAGUUGACGGGGCAAGGGUCGGCUAAUACAAUGUUAAUAUGGAGGAAUUCCCGGCAUCGCACACCACGGCCACAGUGCCCGUGGGAGAGCCCGAAAAGAAACUGUACGUGAAUUCAGCCUACCUGAAGACCAAGUAUGGCAAGCUUAAGGUUGCUCAUCUGGUUGCAUGCAUCAUAGUCUUCAUAUGCACAAUGCUGUCAAAAUAUCCACGUAGCAACCCGGCGAACUGGCUGAGUUUCGUGGCCAUGGGAGGAUUCUGGGCCUCGGGAUUGCUGCUCUUCCUGUUCGUGAUCAAUCUCGUCUCCUUCCUUGCAAUCAUCCCGUGGCUCAAACUGGAGCUUGUAUAUACUAUGCUGUGGACAUUCUUUUGGUUUGUAGCUGGAUGUGUAGCUUCAAGUAAUGCCAUGAAUGUAUAUGGAGCAGAUGCAUUUGCUGCUGCAGCCUUCUUUGCAUUUGUUGCAAUGUGCAUCUAUGGAUUUAAUGCAUUUUUGUUCUUCAAAGAAUGGCGUGAAAAUGUCAAUAAUUCAUCUUUCAUUCCUCAAACUACCCCUUCAGCAGCAAAGCCCUCAACAACUGUGUCAAACUCCAAUGAGAAAUACUAAGUCCUAGUACUGAAAAAAGUUACAUCAACCAUCAUAAUAUAAGGAUGUAGAGAAAUAGGACUUUCAUAAUUUAAUAGAGGUUGUUAUUGUACCACUUUUACAGAUGUUAUUUAGGUUGUGCAUAUUUUUUUUUUUUUUAUAGUAUUACACUGUACUAUAUGCUUGUAUAACUAGACUUUAUAUGUAUAUAUUUUUUGUUUGUUUCUAGAUAUACAGUAAUUUGUAAUCAGUAUCUUAUUAUGUACUUAACUGUGUUUUACUUGGUAUGUAUUUUUCAGAUUUUGGUGGUAUUUAACUUUUGUUUGAGUAUGAUAUAAAGCUUUAAUUUUUUCACAUUUGAUGUAUUUAUGAUUAUUGGAGAUUCUUUUAAUAAUGUUUUAGUUAUUCCCUUUGUUGUAUGGGCAAUUUUAUAUUAUCUCGUGGGAAAACAUUUUUUUUUUGGUACAGAUUUUUAGUAAACCUCACAUAAAGAGCUAUCUUAAAAGCUUUCUAGACAAAAAAAGAAAUAACUUUAAAAAUGGGAAUUUCCUGAAUUGAAGAAAUUAUUACAAACUUCCAUACUUGUCCCAUUUGGAAUGACUAAACAUGUUUGCAGCCUUGAGAUUUCUGCUUAUUUAUGAUCCUUUGGCGCUCCACUAAUCUCACUUGUUUGAUGUGUCCGAGGGAAAGAAAAUGUUGUAGCGGAGUAUGUGUAUAGAUCCCCCAGAAAAAGGUAUUUCUUUGGGGGUAUUCAGAUCAAAUUGUCAAUAUAGUGUAUUCAGGUAGAAUAGUAGAGUUAUAUAUUUGAUUAGUCAAGAGUCCAAGUUUAUGGUUGUCUUUAUCACACACAUUCAGAAGUUUAUAUGGUAUGCUGAGAAUAAGAAUAUAACUGCCAUUUGCAAUUUUUCAUGUACAUGUACAAAUAAGUUAAAAGUGAUUUAACUUUGUAUAAGACAUUGUCACUUUUGGACAUCUCUUAGGUACAUCCACUUUUUGACAUCUUUUAUAUACAUCCACAUCCUUGCUCCUAAAGUUGUUACAUUCCCCCUUAUGUAGCUGCAUAUAUACAUUCCUUUUGUGUGGUUUGUUGUAUUUCUUUCUGAACUUCUCAGGGGUAAAUAAAUAUAUAAUGGGGAUAGGAAGUCUAAUAACAUCUUAAAUAUCUAUAUCUUGAUGUAUCCUGGCAUUCUUAAUAUCUAUAACUAUUUUAUAUUAUAUAAUCACUAAAUUACAGUGGCAAGCUAGGAUAUAUUUAGACCUUUUGAACUCUUCCACUUUUGUUACAUAUGUUACAUUAUUCUGUUUUCUUCCAUUGCUGUGAACAUUGAAUAUACUUUGUAAGAUUUUAUUAAAUAAAUAUAACACUAUA